ACGGAAAGCGUGUAAGUGCUGGAGUGUUCGGUGAGAGCGUGGGAACAAUUUUAAAUACGUGUCCGAUUCGGUAAAUUCCCAUCCCAAAUCAAAAUCAAAGCAAAGCGAAGCAACGCGGUGGUGGAUUUUGAUCCCUCUGCAGCGGAGGCAGACGAAGGAGGAGACAAAAACUGAGAAAUUGAGAGAGAAGACAAAGAUGGCUGCGAACCCUCAACUGUUCCCUAAUGGCAUGCCUGUUCCUUUUGUGAACGAGAUGUUCGUUCUCGCCAGAGACGGCGUCGAGUUCGAGGUCGAUAAGAUUCCUGGAUCUGAUGGUGGUCGACUUAAAGCAAAGGGGACAAUCUACUUGUCAAAUAUACGCAUGGUCUUUGUUUCAAACAAGCCUGUUGGAAACUUUAUUGCUUUUGAUAUGCCCCUGCUUUAUGUCCAUGGUGAAAAGUUCAAUCAACCAAUUUUUUUCUGCAACAACAUUUCUGGUCAAGUGGAGCCUGUAGUUCCAGAAAAUCAGCAUGGGGCUCUUUAUUCCACUCACUCAUUCAAGAUUUUGUUCAAAGAAGGGGGUUGUGGAACGUUUGUUCCGCUGUUUUUCAACUUGAUCUCCUCAGUGAGACAAUAUAAUCAACAUCAACACCCCAAUGCAGGACCACAGCCUCAUGUUGAUCCUUUACAGGCAGCGCAAACUCCUGUUGAUGAGAUGAUGAGACAUGCGUAUGUCGAUCCUAAUGAUCCAACAAGGAUCUUCUUGCAGCAGCCUACUCCAGAGUCUCAGCUGAGGCGGCGCACAUACCAGUCACAGCCCGCAGGACAGUAAAUGUAGUUUUAAUUAUAAAUAAACGUACAUGUUAUAAGAACCUCCAAAAGCGUGUGUGUAACUGAAUUAUAGAAGUCUGUUUCUACUUGUAUAUUCACUGAGAUGUCUAUUUACUCUUUUAUUGUGAAGAAGAAUCCGUUGAAUCUUUCACUGUGGAUG